AUGAUAGUUUAUUUGCACAAUCCAUCGCAUGAGGCCUGUGAACGCUUUGUACGUGAAACUUUGCUCAGCCAACCGAUGAAACUGUUCCUGGAACGAAAUGAUAUCUUUCAAUGGCGCUUCGAGAAAACACGUAUCCCUUCCUUGGUUUGUUGUGUAUGCGCGAUACGCGAAUGGUUCUGGUAA